AUGAAGAUACAUGGUCUGUCACUUGUGCUCAAUCUUUUUUCUAUUCUGUUCCUAGCAUGCACUUCUUCAGCUUACAAAGAGUUUUGCAAUCCACAGAAAAACUCAAGCUGCAUUGCAAGGAACCGAGCACUUCAGGAACCAGUGAAGGACCCUUUGACAAACAACAGUGCCGCAUUUGCUGGCUCCAAUAGCUGUCCUCUCUUAUGUCCUUGUGAUAAUGGCACAAACUUUGGCAUCCUGCAACGAUUCGAUAAUCCCCGCUUGAGCAGUACUGAGUACAUAUUGUACGGCAGAGCUGAGGCAGAUAUCAUGGGCGCCCCCGGGCAAGGUAUUAUUUCUUCGUUCUACUUGCAAAGUGACGAUUUGGACGAAAUCGACAUUGCCGAAAUUUUUGGAAGUGCACCUGCCGUGUACCAGACCAACUUUUUCGUCAAGGGGGACGUUGCUAAUUACGCCGACGGAGCUUACCACAGAGUCACCAAUUCCACCACGCAAAACUUCCACAGAUAUGGCGUACAGUGGAACCGGCUGGAAAUCGAGUGGACUCUCGACGGACAGGUUGUUCGCCAUAGAGCCGGGGGUACUCUCCCCUCUUCCCCGAUGCGGGUGAUUCUUAGUCUCUGGGUCGGUGGGGAUGAGGCAAAUGAUCCCGGCACUGUGCAGUGGGCCGGGGGGCCUACUGAUUUCGCGGACGCCCCGUUCAGCAUGUACGCAAGAAACAUAUACGUGGAGAACUAUUCAGAUGGCGGCUGCUACGUCUACGAAACAAAUCUGACGGUUUCCAUUGAAGACGAGUGCAGACAAAGCCAGUAUUUUGUCAAGUGGAACUCGACCAGUUAG